AUGUCUACAACUUCCACAACAACAUCUUCAAAUGACAACAACAACAACUACAAUGACUAUAAUAGGAAGAGGAGAUCCAAUGCAUUGGAUGCACUUAAUAACUUACCAACAACAGGUACAAUCAAACAUUACUAUGGUAUCUACAUUGGUUAUGCUGUGAAGAUAGUCGAUCAACAACAAUCAUUGGACUUAUACAACAGAGGCUGUUUUGGAAAGGGUAUACUCUCUCGUUCAAACCCAUCAUACAACAACAACAAUGGUGUAGGAGGAGGUACAAGUAGUGGCUUCCACAUCAAGACUGUCAGGAAUAGGGAGCAGACUACUGAUGAGGUGGAGCCGCCUCUCAAGGUACAGAGGAAUGAUGAUUGUGAAGACAACACAACAGUCUCAUCAUCAUUGUCAUACACUCAAUCCCAGUCUCAGUCACAAACAACAAUGAUUGAGUAUCUCCAACUCAGUCUAUAUGAAGCAUUCUACUUACUCUAUGCACUUGGAUGUCUUACAAUAUUGAGACAUCCCAUUGGUACUGAAGAGGUCAAUGUUGCAAAGGAUAGGAAGAGGAAAGUAAUGGUCGAGAUGUCGAUUGAUGAAUGUUGGAACAGGUUCAAUAUGGAGGACAACAAGUUCUUAGAACAUUACAUUGCUUAUCAUCAUUUCCGAUCGACUGGUUGGAUACCUCGCUCAGGUCUAAAGUAUGGCUGUGACUUUGUAUUAUACAAGAAGCGACCAGAGUUGGUACAUGCUCAAUAUCAAGUGAUUGUUCAAUUCGACGACAACAACGCCAACAACAACAGUGAUGAUGAUGAUGAUAAUGAUAUAAGUUGGGAGUACCUAAGUAGAAUGAAUAGAGUAUCAGAGUCUGUUGCCAAAGGAACUAUCAUAUGUAGAGUUAAAAGUAGAGGAGAUGGAGAUGACAACAUUGAAUCUGGAUCUGGUUCAUCAUCAUCAUCAACAUCAACAUUGUCAUCAUCAGUAUUGACCGAUCUAGAGUCAAACCGUUACUGUAUCAAUGUGUGGACAACCAAACGAUGGACUCCAUCCAGGACACGCUCAUGA